AUGGGCGACUAUGGCGGCGCCGUACUCACGACGGCCGCUCUGACGUAUGCGUCGAUCCAGCUGCGUCGCGGCAGCCGCCAGCAGUUCCAGUCGGCCCUGCGCUGGCGCGUGGUGUUCCAGACACUCACUGUCGGCACGGCCGCGCUCAGUCUGCUGUACAUGAAGCCGCCCGGCUCGCGCAUCCCGCCGCCCGGCCCUGAUGGCAAGCCACAGAAGCUAGAGCCGUGGAACCCCGAGAAGCUGGAGCGCCGCGCCAACGAGACAGAGGCCGAGUGGCGCGCGCGCUUUGCUGCCGCACAGAGCCGCGACGAGCGCGAGGAGGAGGCGCUUCGACGCAUGGUCGACGAGGCGCUCCGUCAGCGCGAGGCGGCCGCGGCCGCGCCACCCGCCGCCACGAACGAGGCGCCCGCCGAGGCGCCUGCGCCCCGCACCAUGCCCCGCAUCGGACAAGACAAGCGUGCAUGGACAUUCACUAGAUGA